AUGUCGGGAUAUUCGAAUGUUGGAACGUCUGCCGUCUAUGAAGCUGGAGACCAGCGGAACGUAAAGGCAUCUGAGAGAAACACCGCGGAGAGAUUCGAAGAAGGCAAGCCUGGAUCACACUCGUUGAUCGACUCCAAGGAUGAGAGAUCUAUCGCAAAUCGUUUAGCCGCGGAGGAGAGAAAACAAGGCAGCACCGACGAUUUUGAGACCAAACUGUCCAAGAAGGACCCUACCUUACCGGCUAAAAUGCAUGGUAACGAGCCCUCCAAAGGAGCCAAAAUUGAUGCCGAAUUGGCAGCAGAAGAUGAGCAGCGGCUAAGAGAAAAGAAGGGCAAAUAA